UCGACCGCGCCACGAGCAGGGUCGCUCUCUGAAAACAUACGGCGUACAACGAUUCGAGUUGUGAUUCUUUUAUGGUGAUUUAUACAGUACGGACCACGAUUUGUGUUUUUCUGUAGUAUUGUACAGAUAUGUUACAUCGUCUCGAGGAAUUUGGAUCACCUGCCGUUGGAAUUGCUGAAAAAACUUUUCUCUAAUAAAAUUAUGUUAACGUAGUGUUGGAAAAGAUCGUCGGAAAAUCGUUAGAAGUUAUUAUGACCAAUAUUUUACUGCGAUUCGGGUGUCGAUUAUGAUAAGCGAAGAGCUUUGACCAAAAGUCGCAAAUUCAAAGGAGGAAUACCAAAGAAAAUGUGUGCCAAAAUGUUAUCUUAUAGUUUUUCCUUGUUUUCUAUCUUAUUAUGGAUUGGAGUGUUGGCCGAAGAGGAAGUGUCGUCACCUUUGCGCGUAGCACAAUGCAGAGCCACUUGUUUGCAAAAGUUUGCGGCGCCGCGGCCCGGUGGGGAGUCAUCGUGUUUGCAAGGCCCCGACUGUUUUAUGUGUUGGGAGAAUUGUGAGCUGCUACAGUCCAACUAUCAAGUUUGGGGCGCAGUUUGUGAUGAAAAAGAUAUUUGUUUCCCGGGCUGCAAAGUUGCGUGUGAAUUCCACACGGAAGCAGCAAGAGAAGCGCAGACACAACCAGUCAUUCACACCAAAGGCGAGGGUGUGAUGAGGGUCAGCGGGGCAUUAGCUCGUUGGCCACCACCUGCACCCAGAGCUGCCUCGCGGCCGGCUCCUCUGGUGUACGUUGUGAUGCGCCGGGCAGCGGAAGGUCCCUGGAGACAAAUAAUACAAACUCAAGCACUUGCAACAAGAGUACCUUCUAAUAACGAAGGCGCUCUCCUGAGGGUCCUAGUAGUAGAUCCUCAAGGCCUCGUGACUAUCUACAGUCCAGACGAAACUUGGGUGGCACAUGAUACAAAUACAUCAAAUCACGAUGAACAUAAAUGGACCUUGAAAGAAAUAUCUCUUAUACACCAAAAAGUUCUUGUAAUUGGAGAAAUAGCAUGGGAACCUAGAAUAGCAAGAGGUGUAUAUCUUGUGACUUGGGAAGUUGAUGGUGGAGGUUUAAAAGGAAACCUUUUCACAGACUCAACUCGUGUCACAUUGUCUCUGUGGCCUGACACAGUUUACCAUAUACAAGUGGAAUUAGUGUCUCGUACUCCAGGCGUAGACAAUGAAAGAUCUGAAACUAUGACAAUAGACACAAGCCGUGCCCAAAGAGUGUCUACUGAAAGUGUUCAAGACGUUCAAGUCAGUGACGGAGAUCGCCUAAUGUCAGUAUUAGUUAGCUCAAUGAGAGGAGAAAGAGUUCCGGAAAGAGCUCCAGAUUCAGAAUUAGUAUUAGGCUGCUUAUCAGCCAUGAUUGCUUUUGGACUGGCGGUCCUUGCCGCGAUCGUGUGGAGGCGGAGAAGGCGGGGUACGUUUCCAGGUACUAAUGUGUACGUAGGAUCAUCUUCUGUCCUUAAACGGAAGUUGGUAGAGGAUUUUGCUCCAGCAGCACAUUGCUUCCAACCAGUGCUAACUCCAGAAGCUUCCAAUAAUGCCACCGCUCGUGAUGUGGUUGUGUGACGUCACAGCUUUGAUAUGCUGUCUGUCGAAGACCGCACCUUCAGUUCCUAAAGAUUUUGAAACAAUUCUGUAUGUGGAAACAAAAACAAUCGGACUAAGUGAUUUGAUUCACAUGUGAUACUCAAUAAAUAAAAAAGAACAUAUGAAACAAACUAUUCUAAAGUUUAAUUGUGAAAAUAUUUGUGUUUGUCAGCCUAAAAACUUUUCAGAAUAUACUUAUUGUACAUGCUGCUGUAAUAAAUAUGAUAUUGUGAAUUUUUUGUAUGUAGACAUAGGAGAAUUGUAAAUUGUGAAACUAUUAUAAAUGUAUUUAUGAAACACAGUAAGGUUAACACCAGAAAAAUUAGCAGUGUAAAUAUGUUAAGCGAAAAAUUACUAAACUGUAAUUUUCUAAUAAAAAUGAAAAUUUAUUUCUACUACUUGUAAAUAAGAUGACCCUAAUACAAAACGUGAAAUCAUUUGUAUGUUUGAUUCCCAGAUUAUUUGUGAGUUUACCGCGGAAUCUUCAUAGAAAUCAUGUUUUAAGAUCAUUAUAAAUAUUAACUAGAACCUAUUUUUACAACUAGUCCAUAUUAUCGUUUAGUUAAAUAGUUAAUAGAUGUAAAACUAUUAAUAAUUUCGGUGAGUAUUGCACUCACUCUAGGUAACUUUACGAUGUCUUCUUCAGCAAUAAAUAUAGGUAUGUAUGUAUAUGUAAAUAUUCGAUGCAUUUAUUGUAAAAACAGAGGAAUUAUAUUUUUCUUGGACUUCAGUGGAUAAACAUAUAUAUGAGUGGAAAUGUUAAUUUUAAUUUAAUACGUUCUGUUACAGUUGAAAUUCAAGUGAAAUUUUACAGGAACAUCAUAUGACAAUGUUUUGAGUCUCGUAGUUAAAUCAUUGGAAUGUAGUCAUAUUGUUUAAAGUUGAUGUUAGGCUUUAAACAUCGUACUUAACUAAUAACUUAAGUUUGUCAUGUAGAGAUACGAGUAAAGCAACUCAUUCUGUGUCAAGAAGAUGAAUGUCACGGAUUUUUUUAAACCAAAAUCCUUGUAGUGUAAGUUUAGGGGGAUUAAAUUUAUUUAUUUUUGUGAUUAAUAAUGUACCUUCACUCGAUCUGUAAAUAACAUUACUUGCUAUAAAUGAAGCUGAACUUUAACGAGUAUAAAUAAAUAUGUCUGCCAAAUUAAAA